GGUAAAGAGAGAGAGAGAGAGAGGCGUGUGAUUUCUCUUUGUACUGAAUGAAGAGUUCAGCCAGCUCUGCUCCUCUCUCUUCUCUUUUUAUAUAAGCAGAGUUUGCAUGCUGUAAAUAGCCCAAUAAGCCGGUUACACUUCACGUUUCACCGUAAGCGUCGCUCCCGUUUGUUUUGUGGAAGCGUCCGGCUACUGCCAAUGUCUCUUUGAACGAUUUUGGACAACAAAAGCAUCAGGUCCUGCGCUGUUCUUCGGGGGAUUCCAAGUCACACAUCUAUCAACCGGGAUUUUCUUUAGUGAAGCAAAAGGCAGGACGUCAACAAAAGCCGCUUCGCCCCCUUACUGUCGCCCAUUUCACACUUCCACACCUCCGGGGGGGAUUUUAGGAUCCCAAAAGCGAGCGACCAUGGCUGCUGUAACAAGCCCGGAGACGAGCCCUCAACCCCGGGUAUAUUUUGCGACACCGGGCGGCACCACGGAGGAACCAGAGACUCCCGUUCGGAAGCAGGGACGCGUUACCGUCAAAUACGACCGUAAGGAGCUGAGGAAGAGACUGAACCUGGAGGAGUGGAUUAUCGACCAGCUAACAGACCUUUACGACUGUGAGGAGGAGGCCAUCCCAGAGCUGGAGAUCGAUGUGGACGAGCUGCUGGAUAUGCCCAGUGACGUAGAGCGGGGAGCCAGGGUCAAGGACUUACUGGUUGAGUGUUUUAAGCCUACUGAGGACUUCGUCUCAGAGCUACUCGACAAGAUCCGAGGGAUGCAGAAGCUCUCCACGCCUCAGAAGAAAUGAUGCGUCCCUCCGCCUCACCCACAUCCUCCCCCUCCAUUUCUCGUCUACCUUGCUUUCAUUUUUGUUUUGUUUUUCAAACGUCCAUCCAUUGAGGACCUUCUUGUUUCCUCUUUUCCUUACACCUCUUGCCUGGAUCCAGCCCCAUUAGUGGCUAGUUGGACUUUCUUCUUAAAAAUGAAGAUUGUUUAAGGUUGAGAAUACAUAAUAACAACAAGUGAUUCAUCCACGCACAUUCAUCCCUUCCCUUUCUCACUCCUGCUCCUCCUUCACCCUUUGUUUCGGCUUAAUUCCUCUUCCUCCCACCCUCCCUUUAAACCACCCUCCAUCUGUCUGAGGAGGAAGAGAAGAGGAGCAGAGCUGAGAGGAGUCCUGUAAUUACUGAGAGGAGCAGCUGAGAGUGGGAAGAGGAACAAGGGAAAGAGUCUCCGACAGCCAAAAAAGAGUGGAAGGCGGAAACAGCCAAUCAGCUUGAAGCAGGGCCUAAUCAUUGCUUAUGUCUAUAAUGAGAUUCCUUGUUUUGUAAGGGGGUUUCUCAUUUAAAUGAGUUAUAAACCGUGGUUCUUGUGAUGCUUUCGGUUCAGGGGGGAUAUUCACUUGACUUUUUUGGCGGGGUCAGAACAGUCCUUUCAGAUAAUUCCUCCCAUAAUCAGAGGCAUUUGUUACACUGGUGCAUUUAAAGACUGCCGUUUCUUGUGUGUGGAUCUGCACUAUGUCAUUUUACGGGAGGAAAAUCUGAACCCUUUGACCACGAGAGAUAAUGUGAGGUAAUUUUAGUCCACAAAGAGAGAAAUUUGAUCCUGGAAAUAGUGGUUGAACCUUAAAAAAAGUCACUGGUUGGCUAUGGUGGUCACACGGUUCGACUAAUUAUAGACUAGAAAAUCUUCCUUUGAGGCUAGAGUAGAAGUAGGUUCUCUUUAGGGUGGGUGUGCUUGAAUUAAAUCUCAAAUUUUUGGGGAGGAAAAGUUUAUUUUCCUUUCUCAGAAACGUAGUGCAGUUGUAAGAGAGGCUCUUUAGAAGCAGUCAGCCUGCUCAUACAUGCAUUUGUGCGUCCGUGUUGCUAAAUGCUACGUGUUGCUACAUAAUGUACAGCAACAAACAUAAUAGGAGUGUUUUCUGGCCUGUAUAUUCUGCUGUUCAGUUCCACAGAUUAGUUUGUUUUUGUUUUUUGUUUUUUUAAUAGGACUGGUUCCUGGUUUUGUUUUUCUGGAUUUUGUCACACACACACUGACAGUCUGAAAGGGGGACCCAGAACAAAGCUGCCUUGUUUUUGUUUUUUUGUUUCAUCCCCUCUGUGUCUCUUCCUCACGCCUCUGCUUUUAUCUUUACUCAGUCUGCAACGUUGUUUUGUGUUCGGCAGGCGGCACACAUACGUGGAAGCUGUGAAAUCGUCUUUAAAGCUUCACGUUGGUGUCGAGAUUUUGUACUGUCCUCUGCAUGCCAGUAGACCCACCAAUGGGAUGUCUGAAGGGGAGGGAUGGAGGCUCUACAUUGAAGCUGUCUAAAUGCAUUCACCCUUUUUCCUUCUUUGGAUCACACACACACGCCACCCUUGGGGCGUAUAAAACGGAAACACACUAGCAAACACAGCUGCCUCUUACACAGAUGUGCGCACACUGAGAGUGAAAGGGAGAGGGAGACAGGUCAGGAGCUGUCACAGGACCUGUGUGUGUUUCCCCGCCGCAGCUGCCAAUCAUGUGCGAGGAUAAGCCAUCUGUUUUCUGAAUCUGAGCCAAUCGGAUUAGAGACAGAAGCCCGUCGGCCAAUCGGAGACGCAUUUGCUGUGAUUCCUGUGACCAAUUGCUAACACCUGCGGAGACAGCAGACCUCCACUGUCUGUCUUUCUCUCUCAGUGCCCACACACACACACACACACACACACACACACACACACACACACACACACACACACACACACACACACACACACACACACACACACACACACACACACACACACACACACACACACACACACACACACACACACACACACACACACACACACACACACACACACACACACACACACACCUUGCUGCUCUGUCCUUCCUGCCUGGCAUCCCCCCUCCCUUCCUCCCUUCCUCCUCCCCUCCUCCCUCCCAUAUUCAUCCUUUUGUCCACCCUCCAUCCUUUUUUAAAAAAAACAGAUGUUGCCUUAGGUAUUAUUUAUGUUACACAAACCAAAUAAAUGGAAGACAUUCAUUUUUAAAAAGGUAACUGCUAAACACGUGAGCAGAACUGCGACAUGUGGAGGAUCUCCUGUCGCUCCUUUUUCUUUUUUGGAAAACAAAAUGAGAUUUCUUUUUCUUUUUUUUAUUAGAAGUGAGUGUUUAAUACUUAGGCCUUGAUACAGUGAUUUUGUUUAGAUGAAACAAUGUUCCUUACAUUCACCAUUUGAAUACUGGGCUGUUUUUAUUGUGAUCAUGACACUUAUUGAUGCCAUGCCUUGGAUUAACAUAGCUGAACAAAAAUCCAUUCAGAUACACUUUGGUGCGAUUGCUUUUGCCUUCCUGGUGGGGUUUCCAAAUGAAGCAUGAUCUGCGUUUUAUUUUUGGAGACAUCGGAUUGUACCAGGCAUGCUCAAUCAGUAGGUGAAUUUGAGUGGAUUUUCUUUUCUAAAUCCAGGUUUGGAUUUAAUCUUCUUAGACUGUUAUUGAGGAAUCUGUUUUUUUUACUGUUGGAGAAAAUUGCAAAAAAAAAAAACGAUAUAUACUGAUUAUCAUCAUUGAGGCUAAAUACAAGAGCUAAACUGUGCAGAGUGAAGGAGCGAAGGUGUUUUUUUGGACAAUGAUUAGAUCGAAACCACAAAGAAAUGUAGCAAUAUCAACAACAGGUCUUGUUUUUGCCCAAUUUUGUUACACUUUUAUGCAACUUUAAUAAAAACAUGUAAAAUGGAAA